UAGUUCCUGAAAUCUGUUCUUACCUGACGACUGAAAAUGAAGAGCAAUUUCGGCAUAUUUUUGGCGGUACUGGUGCUGCUGGCGAUCAGCUGUGCAAACGCCCAAGGUGGCGGCGGCGGUGCUGGUGGUGAGGCCGGCGCCGGGGCGAGCGCUGGCAUGAGCAUAGGCGCGGGCGCGAAAGGCGGCGCAGGCGGUGGUGCCGAUGGCGAAGGUGGCGCUGAUGGCGGCGCCGGUUUCGGUGCGGGUUUCAGUUUCGGUGCUGGUGCCGGCGGUAAGGGUGGCGCCGGUGCAGGUGGGCGCUAACCACGGAAACUUACACCUGGAAAUACUGAUUGUUGUACAUAGAUAAAUGCAAAUGUAAAUAAAUGUGUGUAGCAAAUCCGGAAA